AUGUUGCCAGUUGGCUGUGUCCAUCUUCAACUGCCAAACCUCAACAGAGUGGCUAAGAAGCUGGACAUGGACUGUGCCUCUGCUGUCACUGGCUUUGACUUCCAUCAUGGUGGCUACUUUCAUGCUGUGUACGUUUUUCAAUGCUUGUGUGCCUGUGUGUGCACAUGACUUGUUGGGGAAUUGUUUGUUUCUGACAUGUAUGCUGGUGUUACAUAGUAUGUUUCUGUGUGUUUAUUUUCUAGAACGGAUGGCUACAUUGUGUGUGAGGAGCAUGAGGAGAUCCUGAGAGCAGCUUGCGUGGAAGACCAAGAGAUCCAGAGAUAA